CUGCAACGAGCAUGGAUUCAAUUGGCAUAGCAAAACACAUAAAAUAAUCAAUCAAUAGAAGCAGAAGCAGAAGCAGAUGGAUAGAGGAAUAUUUGUGUUCCUUUUGAUUACGUGCAUGGCCGCGGCGAGCGAGGCGAGAACCCUUUUGGUUGGAGACUCUCAAGGUUGGCGUGCCGGCACAAACUACACCCAAUGGGCCAUCCAAAAUAGCCCAUUUCAUAUAAAUGACACGCUCGUGUUCAAGUAUCCAGCAGCAGGAAAUUCUAGUGUGGCUCAGAGCGUGUACUUACUGGGAAACAUGUGGAGCUACAUAACGUGCGAAUUCAGGGGCGCAAAGCUGUUGGGGACUGCAAAUGAGGGUGCUGGCGAGGGGUUUAAGGUUCACCUUAAUCAACACAGACCUUACUACUUUGCCUCUGCUGAAGGCAACGCUUAUGACUGCAUUGCUGGACUCACCAAGUUCGUUGCUGUUCCAUCAAACCCUUUGUCACCACCAAACUAACUUAUUUCAAUCUCACACUAUUCACUUUCAAAUUUAAAUAAGUGCUUCCGGAUCCUCCUACGCCAAACAAACGCACCUUUACGCCGCUUCUACUAUGUGUUUCUUUCAUGUUUCGUUUCUAUCGUGUAUUUUUCUCUCGUUUCUAAUAAAACUGCAAUUGGCAUCACCAUUUC